ACGGAAAAAGCUCCCAAUUAGGAGGAGGGUGAUACACUGCCUAAUCGGUUAUCUUGGCUCAUCUACCUCCUCAACACCCAUUGUAAGGUGGAGGAGAAGAAGAACAAGGACUAGUAGAAGAAGCCGGCUGCCACUACUCCCACUAAGGCAUUGGACCAUCGCCCGCGUCCGGAGAAGGAUGACGAUGAUGGCAAAGAGGACAGGAAGUCAUCUAGCACCAAAUGAUAGGCAAUUUGAUGACGUUGCACCGUCUUGAGCGCUCUGACCCAGAAGAGGCCAAGAAAGUGUAUUUCUUUCAAUUCAUAGUCCUUUACCAGCUUAACAAAGGGCUAUCAGACUGUGUCAAGAUGGACACUGGGUGUGUGGAUAUUUUCAGUUACAACUACAUUGUUGUUCCGAUUAAUGAAAAUAUUCAUUGGUAUAUGGCGAUCAUAUGCAAUUUGCCAAAUUCAACCGAUGAGACAACCUCCCCUGUUGAUGUUUCAAGCACCAAGGAAAAUGAGGAAGGCAAGUCGAAACGAUCACUUAUCAUCAACAGCAAAAACAUAGAAGGUAUGGCUGCGAAAGGCAUACCACAGCAGUCUAAUACAUUCAACUGUGGCCUUUACCUUUUGGCAUAUCUUGAGAAAUCCAUUCAAAACCCGGGUGAUUUUGUUACCAAGCUCCUUCAUAAGAGAACGAAUGAGGAUGUUGACCGGUCAAUGUUGAGAUCUGAUCUAUUUCGCCAGCGCCUCCAAGUUGUCUUACCGGCUUUAUACAAGGAGCAAGAUGGCGAAGAUGGCAUGGAUGCUGAGCGACUGUUGAUUGUUGAUACCGAGCCACUGAAUAAUAUCCUGCUGUGUGGAUGAACUGGCACCGCGCCAUGGGACGAUGCUUCCACUUUGAGUGGCUUUAAAAGACUGAGGACCUCAAGGCGUGUUGCAGGCUUCUUCCUCCAAACUUGGCUAGGAUUCCCACAGUUAUACAAUGACGGCGCGCCGCUAUACCGUGACAUGACAAAUGCAGACCGCUGCAUGUCCUAGAUAGUUUCUCCAAUCCACCUAAAAGCCUUAAUUUGCGAUUGAAUCGCAAUGGUCAG